UUUUGGAAACGUCAUUUUUCAGUGUUGUUUACAGAGAUUAUAAGUGCAAAAUACGUGAAAAAAACGCAAUAAAACCGCAUAAAAAGCGAAAAUAUAUAGUAAAAAUGAGCGGUGAAAUUCCGGAAAAUCCUGAAAAAUCAUUGUUUGAAGAAAACAAUUAUUCCGUCGUGGAUAGUAUUGAGAAAACUGAAGAGACUGCGCAGGAAGAAAAUGCAGUAGUCGACGAUAAAGCAUUGACGGUUAUUUCUGAAGAUUCAACAGAAAAAAAAGAUGCUACGUCGUCUGAAACCAAAGAAGACUCUUUAAUAAUAACCCAUGAAGAAGAUUUGGAUAUAAUACCUGAAGACAAGGCCAAAGUUGCUGCAGAAAAUCCACCACAAAGUGAAGAAAAUCAGGAUGUUAAGGCGGCAAAAGCAAAAACCCAUAUCAACUACGUUUGGGUGUCGAAUAUUAGUCGCCAUACUAAGGCUACGUCUUUAAAAAAGCUGGUAAGUCGCCAUGGUAAAGUUAACACGGCCAAAAUCGUCACCAAUGGGAAGUCGUUCUUUGGAUAUGUCGCGAUGGAGAACCAUGAGGUCGCCUUGAAGUGUAUCGAAGCCUUAAAUGAUACCAUCUUCGAAGGAAAGAAGAUCAUAGUAUCAAUGGAUCGCCCUGAUACAUCUAAAACCGUCAAUGCAACUUCAAAUGAUGAAGAUAAAAAAUCGGACAAGUCCAAAGUUAAAAAAGACCCUACGAAAAAAGAAACCAAAAAAAUCGAUGUGGACUGGAGAUACGAGUAUCAGCGCACCAAGAACGAAGUCGAUCGUCUACGAAGAAGAUUACUGGACAACGAUAGGCGCUAUGUGGGUGCGCAAGGCAAAAUUCACCGACUCGAAAUUAGUCUGAAGGACCUUCAGAAUCAGCUGCGCGAUGAAAGAAGGCGCCACAACAAGGACAAGGAGGAUCUGGAACGUAAAACUUCCAUGGAACUCAAAAAGUGCGUCGAAGAUCGCGUCAUGAUCAACAAAGAACUGGACGACGUAAGAAAGUUGCGCGAGAGUUUAAAGAUGAAAAUCAAGGAGGCCGAAAUGAGGCACACCCACAAAUCGAGAAGCGUAUCGCCGAAAAAGAAAAAAUGGUCCGAGAGAUCCCCACCGCCUCCUCCAAAACUCACCGACAACCGUAAACGAACCGCCGACCCAUCGCGACACUACUACGACGACAAAAAAGGUAAACGUUCACCACCACCUCAAUACAACUUUCAGGACAACCAGAGACGCCACCGCGAUGUAAAAACCGGGCCCCCAAGACCUUCGACGACCCCGUGGUCGACCAAUAACUUCCUAGAAACACCGUGGAGGCCCCAAAACGUCCCGCCCAGCCAGCAGUUUCAAAGUGAUGGCAGGUAUCAGCCGUACCCUUUAACGCAACCUUUUGUUGGUAGUUUGUCGGAUAACUUCUACAGACCUCCAGAGUACACUCCAAAAUACGACUCCAGGAAAUAUUGAGUUAUUGAGUUAAUAAAUACGUUUAGUUUCUUUGGUUUUAUUCACUUAUGCUACAAUAAUUUUAAUCCUAGUAGGUUUUAAACGGCCUUUUUCCAUACUUCCUGUACAAAUAUUCCCAGAAUCGUACGUAAUCAUUUCUAUAGUCACUCUCAAUAGUUAAAUCUAAGUUUAUGUUUAGUUGUACAAGGUUAUUUGGCUGCGCCAGCGGCCAUAUUGUAUUAUUUAACAAAGGUUCUUCAAAUGGGGUAGG